AUGUCAGAACUACCACUUACUUCACAGGAUCUCUCUUAUAGUUCGUCGAAGGCAGGAAUCCCUACGGUCGUCAAGCGCCUCUUUAAAUCGCCGCGGAACUUAGACUUUGAAUCUGCUCUGUGGGAGAUGUUUAACCUCGUCCUAAGGCCACGCAAGGCCUAUAGAUCCUUGUAUUACAAACGACAGACAAGAAAUAGAUGGUCAAGGGAUGAUCCAUCUUUCUUCAUUUUACAAAUCGCACUAUUGACGCUGAGCUCAAUGGUAUGGUCAAUAGUAUAUGGCCACUCAUUCUUUGGAUUUUUGAAAAUGAUGAUCAACAUGAUAGUACUGGACUUUUUCACAUUUGGAUUUGUGAUAGCAUCUGUAUUUUGGUUAGUGUUGAACCGCCCUUUCUUCAAGUUCAGGUCAGCGCAAGAUGCUAACGUGGAAUGGGCCUAUUGUUUUGAUGUUCAUUGCAACGCUUAUCUAGCAGUGUGGUGCUUGCUAUAUCUUUUACAAUUUUUACUACUCCCAGUCAUCAAUUUGCAUAAGUGGAUCGGCCUUUUUAUUGGCAACACGUUAUAUUGCACUGCAUUCAGCUAUUACUUCGUUUUGACCUUUUAUGGUUACAGCCAGCUGCCUAUCUUAAAAAAUAUAAACUUUAUUCUGUUGCCUUCACUCCUGUUCGCAGGAUUGUACAUUGUCAGUUUGUUUGGAAUCAAACUAUCUGAAGUGUUUAGUUUCUACAACUACUAG